UUUGACAUCUCAGGGACUGCCUGCAGAUCUGACGUACCGCGUCCAAGCUUCUCGGCCAUUUCUCACAAAUGCAAGAUCGUCGCCGAUCUGUACCUGGCGCAAUUGUCGGCGCCUAGCGGCUAUGGAUUGUAGCAAUCAGAUCGAGCGUCGUAUCCCAAUCUUUGCUGUACUGUGUCCUCCGAAUACCAUACCCGCGUACCCGCGGCCAUCUAGAAGUCGCAACUACACCUCGCGCAGUAUCGCCAUCAAACCCUUGUUCGGCGUGUGCGCGACAGCGGGACGGGAGCAGCCAAUGGCUCCCUAGUCGCAUUCACAGCAUGAAGAGUCAGUGCCAAAGAUGGUCGAAGCAUGUCCCCACCUAAUAUUGUUGCAUCGUGCUGCAACAAACUGCAGAAUAAGAGUUGUGCGGUAUGACUAGCUGGCCACACCUUCACACAGGU